GCCCGGGCCUUUGCGGAGGAGCAUGGCAUCCGCCGGUGCGUGGCUGCUUCCGUGGUAGACGAGGAUGCGCCGCAGGACUACGGCGUCUCGGGUUUGCCUCACCACACCGUGAUCGGACCGGACGGCAAGGUCUUCAGGAACUACGAGGUCGACUUGCCCAAGGAUCUCGAGUCGCUCUUUUCUACUGGCGAGGCCGAAGAGCAAGUGGUGCCAAAGAAGAGCCGCGUCUCGGACGAGUUCAAGCGGCUGGAGAAGGAAGAUCCCAUCCUCAAGGAGAACCCGCAGCGAUGGGUGAUGUUCCCGUUGAAGUACACGGAGGUUUGGGAGAUGUACAAGAAGCACGAG